AGCUUUCCAAUCCAACCCUUAAUUAGAAGUCUUCACCAUUUGCUGGUUAAAGGAUAUUUUUUCAAAGUGUUUAGCAUUUUGUAUACGUCAAACUAUUUUAGAAUCCAGAUGAUGAAUGAUCAUAUACUAAUACUUAGCUGUAUUUUUAUAAUUUAAAACAACAAAACUUGGUUUAAUGAAAUUUGACUUGAUCUUGUUUAAAAAAACGUCUCACGUCCACACGUUAGCUUUUCCAAUCCAAAACCCCUAAAGAGUAGAAAACCAAAAUAACCAUUUUUAAUUCCCAGCCUCUUUUUAUACGUAGUCUAAAUUGACAAACACAUCAUUCGCUCUCUUUCUCUUCUUUCUCUAGCUCUCUUGGUUUUUUGCUAAAAACAGAGCAUUUUCUCUCUAGCUCUCACUGUUUCUUUACCAUAAGUUUCGUCAUAUUAGUACAUGCAAGUGUAAGGGAUGGUGAUGGAGGAAGGAAGAAGCAUAGAAGAAGGGCUUUUGCAGCUCAAGAACAAAAACGACGAUUCAGAGUGUCGUAUUACUGCUUGUGUUAUCCUUAGCACUUUUGUCGCCGUUUGUGGCUCCUUCUCUUUUGGUGUUGCUACUGGUUACACUUCAGGUGCUGAGACAGGAGUUAUGAAGGACUUGGAUCUUUCUAUCGCGCAAUUUUCAGCUUUUGGCUCAUUCGCCACUUUAGGAGCUGCAAUUGGUGCACUGUUCUGCGGUAAUCUGGCAAUGGUCAUUGGCAGAAGAGGGACAAUGUGGGUCUCCGAUUUCCUAUGCAUCACUGGUUGGCUCUCCAUCGCUUUUGCUAAGGAAGUAGUGUUGCUGAACUUCGGAAGAAUCAUUUCAGGGAUAGGUUUCGGCUUGACGAGCUAUGUGGUACCUGUCUACAUAGCAGAAAUUACGCCAAAACAUGUUCGUGGUACAUUUACGUUUUCAAACCAGCUUCUUCAAAACGCUGGACUCGCCAUGAUUUAUUUCUGUGGGAAUUUCAUCACUUGGAGGACGUUGGCUUUAUUAGGUGCUUUACCAUGCUUCAUUCAAGUAAUCGGUUUAUUCUUCGUGCCAGAGUCUCCAAGAUGGCUGGCCAAAGUUGGCUCCGAUAAAGAACUAGAAAAUUCACUGUUUCGGCUUAGAGGAAGAGAUGCUGAUAUUUCACGUGAAGCCUCAGAAAUUCAAGUAAUGACCAAAAUGGUGGAAAAUGAUUCAAAGUCGAGUUUUUCAGAUUUGUUCCAGAGAAAGUAUAGAUACACCCUCGUGGUAGGAAUCGGGCUAAUGUUGAUACAACAAUUCUCAGGAAGUGCUGCUGUAAUCUCUUAUGCAAGUACCAUUUUUAGAAAAGCUGGUUUUUCGGUGGCCAUUGGAACGACGAUGCUAGGUAUCUUCGUGAUUCCAAAAGCCAUGAUUGGCCUCAUUCUUGUCGAUAAAUGGGGCAGACGUCCUCUCCUGAUGACUUCAGCGUUUGGGAUGAGCAUGACUUGCAUGCUACUUGGGGUCGCCUUCACAUUACAGAAAAUGCAAUUGCUUUCGGAACUAACUCCAAUAUUAUCGUUUAUAUGCGUAAUGAUGUAUAUUGCAACUUAUGCAAUAGGCUUGGGAGGUCUACCUUGGGUAAUUAUGUCGGAGAUAUUUCCAAUAAAUAUAAAAGUAACUGCAGGAAGUAUAGUUACGUUAGUCUCAUUUUCAAGUAGUUCAAUCGUCACUUACGCUUUCAACUUUCUGUUCGAAUGGAGCACUCAAGGAACGUUUUUCAUAUUCGCGGGUAUCGGUGGAGCAGCGUUGCUUUUUAUAUGGUUGCUCGUUCCAGAAACGAAAGGAUUAUCACUCGAAGAAAUACAAGUUUCACUUAUUCAUCAGCCCGAUGAAAGAAAUCAAACUUAAUUUGAAUUAUUUUAUUUUAUUAUAAAAAUGAUCAAAUUCAGUUUAUGGUGUUAUAUUUGUUUAUUUACAAACAAGGAUUUUUUUUUUUCAUUAUGUAAUUACUACUUUAUUUUUCUGGGUAAUUAGCCCCAUUUUUAUGAUGUAUAUUUACGAGAUGUAAAACUUGGCCUACGUACAUGUGUAUUUUAUCUCUAAAAUUGCAAAUGUAAUAUUUUUCGGACAUAUAUUAAAGAAGAGAUUGAUUUCUAGU